GCUGGCAGAAGUCAGACUGCUGGAGAUAUCUGAGAGGAGGAGCUGUCAAAGUUUCUCAGAGAAGGAAAACUCUUCCACAAUCCGAGACGGGAAUUAGUUUAAUUUGAGGUGUUUGUUCCACGCCAGUCGGAUUAUCGGGUCUUUUUGACAUGGAAUGACACCGUGGUCUCCUCACCCGAGCUUCGAAAACACGAUGGCAGCCCGUUUUCUGCUUUGGAUCAGCCUCACCUCUCUGCUCUGCCUGGGCUCCCGUGUUCUGGCGGAAAAGAAAGUAUGCCAAGGUUUCACCAAUCGCUUGAAUCUUCUGGGCUCUAAAGAGGACCACUAUCUGAACAUGCUGAAGACCUACAGCAAUUGUACCGUUGUCCUGGAGAACUUGGAGAUCACUUACGUGGAGGAGCACCGUGACCUGUCCUUCCUCAGGUCAAUUGAAGAAGUAAGUGGCUAUGUUCUGAUUGCCCUCAACACAGCCCCCAGGAUUCCUCUGGAGAACCUGCGCAUCAUUCGAGGUCACUCCCUCUAUGAAGGAAAGUUUGCACUUUCAGUGCUUGCCAAUAUUGAUAAAGAUACAGGUCAGGGUACCACCGAGCUUCUUCUGACCAGUCUGACAGAAAUUCUCAAAGGAGGUGUAAAGUUUGGGAACAACAAACUUUGUAACGUGGAAUCGAUACAAUGGUUUGAUAUUGUCAAUGCUGAAACAAAACCUAGCAUGAUACUCCCAGUGGCGGGAAACAACCCAACUUGUCAAAAAUGCCACUCAAGCUGUUUCAAUGGUUCAUGUUGGGCACCUGGUCUAGAAAACUGUCAGACCUUAACCAAGCUGAACUGUGCACAGCAGUGCUCCAAGAGGUGCAAAGGACCUUCACCAAGCGACUGUUGCAAUGAGCAUUGUGCAGCAGGAUGCACAGGGCCCAGACCCACUGACUGUCUGGCCUGUCGGGACUUCCAGGAUGAUGGGGUGUGUAAAGACUCCUGCCCGGGCCUCGUGCGCUAUGAUCCCAACCUGCACCAGCUGGUCCCUAAUCCCCAAGGAAAGUACAACUUUGGGGCCACCUGCGUGAAAAGCUGCCCACAUAAUUAUGUUGUGACUGAUCAUGGUGCGUGUGUGCGGUCAUGCAGCGGUAACACCUAUGAAGUGGACGAGGGAGGAAUCAGGAAGUGUGCAAAGUGCGACGGACUGUGCCCAAAAGUGUGUAAUGGACUUGGAGCAGGAGAGCUGACUCACACCUUGUCUAUCAAUGCUACCAACAUUGGUUCCUUUAAGAACUGCACCAAAAUCAGUGGCGACAUUACCAUCAUUCACACAUCAAUUCAUGGGGAUCCGUAUACCAAUACACCAAAGAUGGAGCCAGCCCAACUGGAUGUAUUUAAAACAGUUAAGGAAAUUACGGGACAUCUGUGGAUUCAAACAUGGCCAGAGAGCAUGAGCUCACUCAGUCCUUUUGAGAAUCUAGAAAUCAUUCGAGGAAGAACAAAACGUGGUAUCCGCACUGUGGUUGUGACGAAGCUCAAUAUCGACUACCUCGGCCUUCGGUCACUAAAAGAGAUCAGCGAUGGAGAGGUUGUCAUCAUCAAAAAUCAGAACCUCUGCUACACAGAGCAGAGCCACUGGAACAGGUUCUUCAAAUCAAAAGCCCAGACUGCAACAGUCAGUGAAAACACAAAUGCUACCACUUGUGCCCUGAGGAAAAAGACGUGUGACAGGAAGUGCACAGUGGAUGGCUGCUGGGGCCCAGGCCCGGACAUGUGUUUUGCCUGCCGUGACUACAGCCGUGGCGAGAGCUGUGUUGACUCCUGCAACAUCCUGGAGGGAAAUCCACGGGAGGCAGUCAUGAAUAAAACCUGCAUGGAGUGUGACCCCGAGUGUCUACGCAUGAACGGGACUGCAACCUGCCGGGCGCCGGGUCCCGGAAACUGUACAAAGUGUGCCAACUAUCAGGAUGGGCUGUUCUGUGUGUCUCGUUGUCCCCAAGGUGUGCCAGGAGAGGAUGACACCCUGGUGUGGAAAUACGCAGAUGAGAAAAGAGUGUGCCAACUGUGCCACAAGAACUGCACAAAGGGGUGCACGGGACCAGGUCCUGAAGGUUGCCAAGAUGAAAGGCCCUCAGGUCUCUCCAUGAUUGCAGCCGGGGUUGUUGGUGGACUGCUGGUUGUUCUGAUCACCGGCAUCUCUGUCUUCGUGCUGCUCCGCCGCCGCCACAUCAAGAGGAAGAGGACGAUGCGCAGACUGCUUCAAGAGAGGGAGCUGGUUGAACCUCUCACUCCGAGUGGACAGGCACCAAACCAAGCUCUGCUGCGGAUACUGAAGGAACCAGAGUUUAAGAAAAUUAAAGUGCUGGGAUCAGGAGCUUUUGGUACAGUUUACAAGGGUCUUUGGGUCCCAGAAGGAGAGGAUGUGAAGAUUCCAGUGGCUAUCAAGGUUCUAAGAGAGGCCACAUCACCCAAAGCAAACCAAGAGAUCUUGGAUGAAGCUUAUGUGAUGGCCAGCGUGGAACACCCGCAUGUGUGCCGCCUCCUGGGUAUCUGCCUCACUUCAACGGUGCAGCUCAUAACGCAGCUGAUGCCUUACGGCUGCCUGCUGGACUACGUCAAAGAAAACAAGGAUAAUAUCGGCUCCCAGCACCUGCUUAACUGGUGUGUUCAGAUAGCCAAGGGUAUGAACUACCUUGAGGAGCGCCACUUAGUUCACCGGGACUUGGCAGCCAGAAACGUCCUGGUCAAGACUCCUCAUCAUGUGAAGAUCACUGACUUUGGCCUGGCCAAACUCCUCAACGCAGAUGAGAAAGAAUACCAUGCAGAUGGAGGAAAGGUACCAAUAAAAUGGAUGGCUCUUGAAUCAAUCCUAAAUAGAACUUACACUCACCAGAGUGAUGUCUGGAGCUACGGUGUAACAGUCUGGGAACUGAUGACGUUCGGGACCAAACCAUAUGAUGGGAUUCCAGCCAGUGAAAUAGCCGGAAUCCUGGAGAAAGGAGAGCGCCUGCCUCAGCCACCAAUCUGUACCAUAGACGUCUACAUGAUCAUGGUGAAAUGUUGGAUGAUUGAUGCAGAGAGCCGGCCUCAUUUCCGGGAACUAAUAGCCGAGUUCACAAAGAUGGCUCGAGAUCCACCCCGCUAUCUUGUCAUCCAGGGUGACGACCGCAUGCACCUGCCAAGUCCAACAGACACCAAAUUCUACCGCAGCCUGAUCAGCGGGGAGGGCCUGGAGGAUGGUGUAGAUGCAGAUGAAUACUUGGUGCCACAGCACGGCUUCUUCAGCAGCCCAAGCACCUCCUACACCCCGCUGCUUCAUUCCACAAGCCUCAACAGCAGCAUAGGAACAUGCAUCAACAGAAAUGGCUUAAUGAACGGAGUCCCAAGCAGAGACGGAAGCAUAGUUCUCCGAUAUAUUCCUGACCCAACAGACAAAUUCCUGGACGAGGCCUUCCUGCCGGCUCCAGACUACGUGAACCAGAACGGAGUUUCCAAUGUGAUUAAUCCCAUCUACCAACAUUCUUGUCCACCUCGCACCCUUCUUCCAACCAUCUCCUCAGAUGACACGGAGUCAGAGUACCUGAACUACUUUAAGAACGGGUCCAAUGGACCCGAAUACCUCAAUGAGCUCCCAGCCUCAAACACCCUGCCCUUCAACUCCAACAACCUGGCCCACAGCGGUCAGAACUACAGGCCUCAGAACAGCAUAGACAACCCAGACUACCAACAAGAUUUCACCCCCACCUUCAAGACACAUGCAAACGGGCACAUACCGGCAGCAGAGAACGUGGAGUACCUGGGUCCGGACUGAGGACUUUAUGGGAACAGAAAAAUGAAUAAAUCGAUAAAUGAGAGUCUGUUUUUUGUGCCUUUGGAAAAGGUAUUUUAUGUGGCUGGAAACCCUAUGCGGUUGCAUCAGUGAAAACAUAGUAUGCAAGACUUUUUUUCUCACCAAACUUCAAUUACUUUUCUCGAAUGAAAACAGGACAAAAACUGAGUUGAAUGUGCCUCAGUUGGCCUUUGAGCUGCCAGUCCUAACAACAGAGAAGGAAAACUGCAAAAUGGAUUGAAAUCUUUGUUGCAUGAAACUAAACAGCUCAACCUGAAAUUAACCAGUGGUACACAUAUUGCUGUAGACCUGUCAAUAUUGGACUCAGAACAUUUCACUGUGAGGAAGUCAACCAGAUUAGAGUUUUUUGGAGUAAGCAAUAUUUUUAGGGUUAUGGAAGUCCGAUCCAGUGAGAAAGAAAACCUUAUGUGUAAGAUCUCAAAUUAGGGUAAUGGUUCUGUUCUGAAACAGGUUGGUGUGCAUUAAACACUGAAUGUUUGAGCAAAUGCAGCUGAUGGGACUGUGGUCAUAUUCAAACACGUGUUUUGUUGCUUAAAAUUUGCAGCACUUUGUAACAUAAAGUAUAUUUUCUGCAGAUUUGACUAAGGGCUUCCUUACACCAAUUGUCUUAAAUCAGAGCCCAUCUUUAUUUUUCUGCUCAGCAAACAAACCAAAAAAAUAUCUGUGUUUUGGUCCCUAAUUGUUUUUGUUUUCUGUCUGUGUAAUGUUCAUAAAAAGCUGGGUAAACUGUCUGAGGCCAUUUAUGUGUAAUUUUUACUUGUGACAUUUCAUUCUGUAUUUGUAUUUUAAAAUAUAUGAUAGUGUAAAAAAAAUUAUAAAUGUUUUUCAUUUGUGUGUUUUGUAAGAUUGUUUUACAUGGUGUUGACACCAUAUGUGUGAGUACUCCUCUUGCUUUAUUAUAGUCUGUCGGUCUUGCAAGGGCGUUAUCUCUACGAAUAUUGUUCCUAGUUUUAAAGGAAUAAACCAUUGUAGCAUCUUUGUUAAAGAAUUUACACAGGUACAUGUGCAGACAUUUAAUAUCCUGAAAUAUAUUCUAGAGUAGCAGUAAUUACUACUCCAUACACAGUUUUAUCAUAGGCACUUGUUUCUGAUUGUGAUCAUAUAAUUCAACAAAGUACAUAAAUAAAUUGUUUUUCUAUAAAAAA